AAAAAAUCCAUUCCAUUCCUUCAAUUAAUAAAUAAAGAACAAAUAAUUAAAAAAUAUGAAAUUAUCAUUUUUCUUCAUAUUUAUUGCUGCAAUUUUGAUUGCUUUUACAUCAGCCAGUAGUAUUGUAUUUCUUGCUAAGCCUCCAAAACCUCGUUCAGAGCAUCAGCAGCACAGAGCACAGCAUCAUCAUGAUCAACAGCGUCAUGACCAGCAACAACAUGAGCAGCAUUAUUAUGAUCAAUAUUAUCAUGCAGGUCAACAACGUCAACCUCAAGGCUAUUGAAUUAAAAAAAUUUGAACCUGCAAAGCUACUUUUAGAAUUAAGAAUUGAUGAUUAAAAUUAAAAAAUAAAGUUUAUUUUGACAUUUUGUAAAUAUUUAAAUUGUUUUAAAUAAAG